UGCCUGGUGGUGAUGAGUCACCGGAGGGGCGCUUGGCUGUGAGUGGCGAUGUCCAGGGAGUGGGUCAUUUUGAGGCAGCAAACUCACACAGGAGAGAAACCCCAUGGAUGCAGUGAAUGCAGAAAAUUUUUCUCACAGAAAUCACAACUCGCCAUGCAUCAGAGGAUUCAUUCAGGAGCGAAAAGGGGUCAGCACAUCCAGGAGUGCAAUGGAUAAGCCUCGCCCUGGGAAAACGACCUUCGUGAUCAUGGUAUCUCCCCUGCCAGGUAUGAAUUUCAAGCUCUAAAGUUAUUAAGAUCUCCUACUCGGUGCCAUGGCUGCCCUCAGACCCCUCGUGAAACCCAAGAUUGUCAAAAAGAGGACCAAGAAGUUCACCCGGCACCAGUCAGACCGAUAUGUCAAAAUUAAGCGGAACUGGCGGAAACCCAGAGGCAUUGACAAUAGGGUGCGUGGAAGAUUCAAGGGCCAGAUCUUGAUGCCCAACAUUGGCUAUGGGAGCAACAAGAAAACAAAGCACAUGCUGCCCAGUGGCUUUCGGAAGUUUCUGGUCCAUAACGUCAAGGAGCUUGAAGCGCUGCUGAUGUGCAAUAAAUCUCACUGUGCUGAGACUGCUCACAGUGUCUCCCCAAAGAGCCGCAAAGCCACUGCGGAAAGAGCAGCCCAGCGGGCCAUCAGAGUCACCAAUCCCAGUGCCAGGCUGCGCAGCGAAGAAAGUGAACAGACAGAUUGUGUGCACAUUGUAUAUGUGUUAAUAAAAUCAUAAAAUUCUGCCAAAAAAAAUAAAGUUAUU